AUGGAUGUUUCAAAGACGGAAAGCUUCUUGGAUGAUUGUCGCGAUGCUUUCCUGGUGAGGGGAGGGCUAAUGAGGAUCGAGCAAAGCGUCGGGGGUCGGGGGUCAAAGAGUCCAGAGCUUCUCUCAGUUAGCUUGAAGUUUGAGGGAGCCAAGGGGAGACAAGAAAACUCCUUUAGAGGUACCUCAGUCUGCAGCGAAACACAGGCAGUCCGCGCCCAGGCCUGGUUAGUCAGCACCGCCGCUCUUGCUCUGGCGGAUCGCAGGGACAUGGUCUAUGAGCAGAACGUUCUGACUUGGCAUGGCGAGUUUUCACCCAAGACGCACGACCUCUUCGAAUUCGCUAUCAUUGACCGGGUCUUUGGCAAAAACUUGAUCAAUACCCGGGCGAAGUAUUCCGUAGAUUUAGCUAACAACAAUGUCUUUCAGAUCCGACCACUUGCUAUCGACGAUGCGGAUUCUAUUAUCCACGCAUACCAUCUUCAGCUCACGGGUAACGGUAAGCAGCAGGAGACCGCUGCUUGA